AUGCAACAUCCAAUAAAAGAAAGGGACAAGGGGGGCUGGCUUUCCAAGUUCAAGAAAGGAGCCUCCAACAAGCCCUCGGUUCUUCAGAAAGCGCCGCCGCCACAACAGAUUAUUCAAAGAGUUCAACAGUCGUUGCAAGCCGCACCUCCACCACAAGGUUUCAUGCCAGGAGUGUCAGGAGAUCGAAUGACUCCUGGCGUAUCAGCAGAUCAAAGAUCAGACUGGCAAGCGAUGACAGUUACAUCUGGGGCAGCGAAUGCAGCCCCCGAGAUCCAAUACAGGCCACUUGUCCCGUCAAGCAAGCCAAUACCUUUGGAUAAUCAGGCCAUUGCUACAAACACUGGUGGUGUCCAGCAAGCAUCAAUCAGCCAGAAUCCCUUGGCUCAGGGCAAUACGUCCAUACCUACUGGACCACUGCCUCGCCCUGCUUUCACAGCCCAGCAGCAAUAUGGUACCGGAGAACUGGCCCAACAACAUUCAGCCAGUGUGCCGCCUGGUUGCUUGGUCUCGCAUACAGGGUCACCAAUGGACCAGGCGGGAGAUAAUUUAUCAGACGCUGCUUCCGUUUCAACCAUGGAUGUAUCUGAAGCUCAAGCACAACCGGUCAUGAGACCGCAGCUGGUGACAGUCGAGAGGCAUGCUGCUGUUCAGUCAAUCAGGGAACAACGCGUGCCUCAAAGUGCUGGUCAUAUCGCACAUCUGCCCCAGCCGCCCUCCGAAGGGCGCCCUCUCGAUGGCAAGGAUGCGUUUCGGGACAGCGAGCUGGUUGUCCCACCCUUGUUUUCGAAGUCUCAGACCAAGACGACUGUCAGCGCAUUAUCUGUAAAUGAAGGCCCUGUUGUUCAGAAUAAGUGGGCGAAGAAAUCCGCCGUAGACUAUUCCGGGGAUGAUUGGGGCGAUGACCCAUGGGAACAACAGUAA